ACUACUAGAAGUUUAGCUAAUGCUUAUAUAGCAACAUGUCUCCAUGUAAACUUCCUUUAUAUAAACCUUUCUGAACUUUCCAAUUCUAUCAUUCAUAAAAUGUCUUGCACAUUCAGCUUGCAUCUAUGAGAACCAUCAAUCAGCUGAAAUACAUUUACAGUACCUGAAAACAUGGCGGCAACCGGUCAACCUCCCAAAGCAGAUAUGCCACACCAAAUCGCCAUUAUAGGCGCUGGUCUGGUCGGGACCGCCUUAGCAACACAGCUUAUUCAUGCUGGCAACUAUGUCAGUAUUAGUAACUCCAGAGGUCCUGAUAGCCUUCGUGAUGUGGAGAGAACAACAGGUGCCAAAGCAAUGGAUACCAAGCGCGCAGUAUCCGAAGCGGAUGUCGUUAUUCUCGCGGUGCCGAUGAGCGGUAUUCUGCCCUUGCAGCCGCUUUUACAAUCAUCUUUGCGACCCGCCACCAUCUUGAUUGAUGCCUGCAACUAUUAUCCCACACGUGAUGGGAACAUCCAGCCGUUGGAUGAAGGCAUGGUAGAGAGUGUUUGGAUGUCGAACACCUUCUCACACCCGGUUGUGAAGGCAUUGAAUAACAUCGUUGCUCUCAACAUUGCUUCCAGUGCGAACCCAAAGGGCUCUCCGAAAAGAGUAGCACUUCCUGUCUCAGGAGACGACGACAAGUCUGUGGCAGUUGUGAUGGAACUGGUAGAAGCAAUGGGAUUCGACGCAUUUAACGCAGGGCAACUAGCAGAUUCGUGGCGACAGCAACCUGGACAGCCAGCUUAUUGUACUGAGCCGAAUCUGAAAGAACUAGUAAGUCUACUUAGUUCUGCAAACCGGGAUGGUAAAUUACCACCAGAUUUCCCUCCGCAGAUCAUGGUGAAGGUAGCGCGAUUAGGGGCCGGUUUGGACUGGUGGAAGCCUGGAAGCUGGCUCGCAGCGGCGAAAUUUGCGUAUGCUCUUGCUCGAGCGAGUUUCAAACGCUCUGCUUAA